UCAGCCUAGCGUCAGCCCGCUCCAGAGCUUCAUACAAUGGUUCCACUUCUGAAGACCGUCUGAACGGCACGAUCAUGUUGUUCUGGUCUUCUAUGACGUGAUAUAGCCUGUACAUUGCGCAGAUGAGCAAUCGCGCCGAUACAUGGAGGCUGCUUAAAGGAUCCAUAUGACAUGGUCGCGCUAUCCUUGACCCAUUCUUUGGCGGCUUAUUGUCUUCUUUGUCCACAUCAGCUUUCAGUGAGACGUGAUUAUAUGAAUCACGCACACGUCAAGAGAUCCUCGUGUUGGGGACUUGCAACAUUAGGCUCGGUACGGUUUCGAAUAGUGAGCGAUCUAGAGUCUAGACCCAACCACUGCACAACUCAAGCCUAUCUGAACACGACAACUCAGCUGAAGAGCCGCGACCUGCUGAGUGUAGAUCAGGACCCUUGCGCAUAUCUUCAAGCUCGAGCGUUCUCACCGCAACAUUCAGUCCUCCAAUCUGCGAGAGAUCUCCCGCGUCUCCCUUGGCGGCACCAAGACGCCCUCUCGCUAUUGAGCCGCCGCCGCCGCUUGUAUCGUAGACAAUCGCGUAUCAGCACGUGUCGGGAGGUCUGUGCCGCCCCGUGCCGUCUCAAGCUAGCUUCGUCCUCGAGGACGAACUGCAGCAGGGUCUAGAUUGUUCGGGGUGUUGGAGAAGUCACCCUGCUACUAAGCUUCGCCUCCGGGUUCGCCAGUACGGUCAUUUCUCUUGGAAGAUGAUAUGCAAUUCGCCCUUUAUGGACAUCGCAGCUUCCAGAAUCUGCUUCCAAGUCACGCAUAGGAUGAAAUGAGACAUGUCAAGAACGAGUCCUCAAGAGCGAUAUAAAGAGAGAUGAUCAUCACAGACACCCGCAGU